CUUUCCUGGUCGUCAGGGGCGAAGCUGCCGAAUGAAGGAAGGCAGGGGAAUGAGGCUCUGGAGAGAAAGUGGCUGAUGUUUCCUCGCUUCACCUUACAGCUGCUCGAUCGUUUAAGAUGGCCAAGGACGUGUUCUUACUGCGCUCCUCCCGGACUCCGGUGAUCAUCAAGCAGGAGCCCGACGACGAUUCGGACGCCGACGAGCCCAAUUUGAAGAAGUCGGACGAGCUGCAGAUCAUCCACAGCGGGCAUUUCAUGGUGUCGUCUCCGCACCGCGAGCACCCUCCUAAGAAAGGCUACGAUUUCGACACCGUCAAUAAACAGACAUGUCAGACCUACUGCUUCGGAAAGUACAGCACGUCCCAUCUCUCCAUCGACGCAUCCCUGACCAAGCUGUUCGAGUGCAUGACUCUGGCGUACAGUGGAAAGUUGGUUUCACCUAAAUGGAAAAAUUUCAAAGGAUUGAAACUACUCUGGAGAGACAAAAUUCGACUGAACAAUGCUAUCUGGAGGGCAUGGUACAUGCAAUAUGUAGAAAAACGUGACAAUCCAGUUUGUCACUUUGUUACUCCAUUGGAUGGGACUAUUGAGUUUGAUGAACCUCGACGACCAGAAGCAGCUGUAACUGAAGGAAAAUUCUGGAAAAGAAGAAUUGAGAUUGUAAUAAGAGAGUAUCACAAAUGGCGCACGUACUUCAAGAAAAGGUUACAGAAGCACAAAGAUGAAGAUCUUUCAAGUUUGAUUAAACUUUCUGGAUUUGACGAUGGCGGCUCCGAAGCCUGUUAUAUUCCAUUUCAAGAUGAUGACUUGGCAGCAUGGUGUGCAAAAAGGAAAGGAAGUGAUACACCUGUCCCCAUGGAGGAGGACCAGCUCUUGGAUAUGGACAUGUUAAUGUCUGAAUUCUCUGACACACUUUUCUCAACUUUGUCCUCACACCAUCCAGUAGCUUGGCCCAACCCAAGAGAGAUUGCACAUGCAGGAAAUGCUGAUAUGAUUCAGCCUGGAUUGAUUCCGCUACAGCCCAAUCUGGACUUCAUGGACACUUUUGAACCUUUCCAAGAUUUGUUUCCCUCAACCCGCUUCCCAUCUUUGGCUGGCAGCCAGUUCUCAUCCCCCACGCCGUCUGUACCUUCUGUCACUUCUCUAGGUGCCAGCAGUUCUCCACCACAGGAAGCUAUCUUGCCGGCUAGCAAUCUAACUGGCACGAUGUCGUCAGUUAACAUUGAGGAGGAACUAAUUCCAUCUCCUGGUCCUCCUUCAGUGCUGGAUCGUGUUAAUACCAGCAAUGACAAUAGUAGUUCAAAAUUCACGGCUUUUGCUCAGAAUCAAGAGUUUCGUCCACAGACAGCACUAAACAACCAGCAGACAUUUUUGCUACUGUUUUCAUCUGAUGCGCCAUCGUCUCAGACUCCCCAAACCCAGCAACCAGAAACAGUCAAGUCUGAAGUGCCUUCCAACAUGUCUCUGAAUACCCAGUUGUUUGUAAGACCAGAGGAUCAGAAGUUUACUUUGCCUGCUUCACCACCACCACCAGCGAUUACUCAUACUGCCUCAUCUAUGUUUACACAAAUUCCUGCUGCUACUACAUUCACCCAAAAUCAGAAUCUUCAUCUUGCCACAAAACAACAAGGAGUGCCUUGUCAUGUUCCUAUGCAGCCACCAAAAGUUUCUACACCUUUUGCUGUACCAAAAGCUGGGCCUUCUCCAGGGCUUGGAAAUAGGCCUCCUAAACAGCUGCAGAAAUUUGGUCCUGCGUUGAAGUCAGACCCAGUUCCCAUAGCACCUGCUCCUUCACCAAAUGCCUUCUUAGCACAAUUUUUGGCAUCAGGUUCCAGUGCUGUUCUUGUGACUUCAAGCCCAUUAAAACACGAAAGAGUACUGGCUUGUGCGGGUAACCAACCUAGUGUGGUCAUCACGCCAACUGCCAUUGCCACGGCCACAGGUGAUUUCCAUGGCAAUAUUUUAGUUGGCCCAGCACAACAACCCGGAGUGAUGAGUACAUCACAACAGACUUCAAAACCUACCAAGGCAAGCAUUUCGCAGUUGUUUGCACCAAAUACAGCUCAGAAUGCCGUCCGGUUACAGCCCAAAGCUGAACAGGUCACUCCUACAACCUCUCACAAACAGGCACCUUCGCCCACGCCAACGAGCCGGGAUCGACAGAAUUCAGGCCAAGGAUCUCCAGCAACUACAGAGAGAAUCCCAAGCCCACAGCCUCCCAUAAACAAUUCCACAAAAGCUAAACCAGACCAACCAUUUAAGAGUCUGAGAAUGAACCAUAUUUCAGCAGAACAGAAGAGGCGAUUUAACAUUAGAAUGGGUUUUGACACACUUCACAAUCUGGUGACCACUUUAAAAUCCCAGCCUAAUAUAAAACCGAUGAGCAAUGCAGCAACACUGCAGAAAACUGUGGAAUACAUAGCAAAACUACAACAGGAGAGGUCACAGAUGCAAGAUGAAGCAAAACGUCUCAGGGAAGAAAUUGAGGAGCUUAAUGCAUCAAUCAAUACCUGCCAUAAGCAGCUUCCUGCAACGGGUGUCCCAAUGACGCAGCAACGAUUUGAUCAUAUGCAGGAACUGUUUGAUGAAUACGUCAAAUCAAGAACACUUCAGAAUUGGAAGUUCUGGAUUUUCAGCAUAAUCAUAAAGCCUUUGUUUGAUUCUUUCAAUGAUACCGUCGUGACUACAAGUUUAGAUGAUUUAUGCAAGACAACGCUGUCAUGGUUGGAUCAGUACUGUUCUCUACCAGUACUUCGACCAAUGGUACUGACCACGCUUCGUAAACUUAGUACUACUACAUCCAUUUUGUCAGAUCCAUCACUGAUGCCUGAACAAGCAACGCAAGCGGUAAACCGGAUCAAUAAUAUCAGUGGAGAUUCAUAGCAUCAACUUGUAUUGCAUGGCAUUUCCUGUGAAACGUGAGAGUCUCAUGGUCGGAGAUAACCGUCCUGGUGUGAAAGCAUGAGUAAUAUGCUAUUUUCCUUCUUCCUGUCUGUGACUUUUGCACUUUAAUGAAAAUGGAAAGCUGUGAUCUGGAUAUUUGAGCAACCUAAACCGAAUGGCUGAGUCUUAAAUGUUCCUCCUUGAAUAAGCCUUCUGAUUUUAAGGGUAAACCCAUAAUUAACACCAAAUGAUCAAAGUUAUGGCAACCCACAUCUGUGAAUAUCAGUGUCUGGAAGCCAUGUGCAUUUCAGCUCAUAUUUGACUCAAGUAACACUUGUUCAUUUUCUGCUGUACAAGGCAGCAUCAAUACGGUGCACAACCCCAUUAUGUUAACCUGGGGAAGGGAAGAGAACAGGUAGAUGGUAUUAAGGUUGUUGCUAAUAUAUGCAGAGUCCUUUUAGCAUUGUUCUUUGUGAAGCAUGAGCAUUUAUUAUUUACUCAAGAUAUUUUCUUUGUUCCAAAAUUUCAGAUUGCUUCCAAAGUUUGGAGUACAACUAUUUAGUUUAUCUUCAGCUCCAAAAGCUGCGUAUCCUCUCAGUUGAUUUCUGUUUUAUUUAGGAAACUAGCAUGUUUACCAGGACACAUUCUCCAAAAGAAAAAUCAGAAGGUUUAUCCCUAAUAAUUCAACAUUCUUUAUCAGUGCAUUACUCUGAACAAGAAAAAAGUUAAACUCAGGUACACAUAAGCUGCAAGCCCUGUGCACAGCAAUAAGACAUUGUUGUUGGUGGCUUAUGAAAGCCUAAGUUAUACUGUCUGUAUGUUUUGUAAAUUACUAUUAAAUCAAAAUGUAAUGAAUUUAACACAAGUCACCUUAAAGGAAAUAUGUUUUUGAAUAUUUACAAUGUUUGUGUUUUUUUUUCAAUUCAAUGGCCUCAAUACUAUCCUUUGAUUUCGCCCCCCCUCCAAGUAAACUUUCUGGGGAAAGUGCGGACUUUAUGUUAAAAGAACCAAAGAAAAUACUUAACUGAUGUAAAAGCAAGUGUUUUUGCAUUUAACCUCUGUUCUGGUUCACCAGUGAACAGGUAUGAAUCAUGUUAACCAGACAAUGUGUUACUAGUAGAAAGGUGCUCAUAUAUCUCACAUCAGCGCAAAGAAUCACCUUCCUUGUGUUAUUGGGAAGAAAAAGCCAAGUCCAUUCAUUAGAAAAUUUUGAAUGUUCCCCAAAGGAAAGAAAAAUCUUCAUUUUAAAGAAUAAUAAAUUAUGUUUUUGUAAUGAUGUGGCAGAAACCUUAAUUCAGAUGUGGUUGUAUUGGAUUAGACAUUGGAAAACAAAGUGAUGGUUACAUGCUGAAACUAGAUUCUGUAUGAAUUUUGUGCAAAAUCUGAAACUUAAUUGGUGUACAUAAUUGUUUUAGGGUUCUGGUCUUAACUACACAUUUUCUAUUUAGAACCAUGAUGUAUUAAAGCUUCAUUUAUAUUUUAUUAAAUAAAGUAGAAGCCAAUUCUUAUUUUUGACUUUGAUUUUGGUGGUGACCUGAUUAAGACCAUGUAAAUGUACAGUGGGCAGUGUGUACGAACAAACUACUUGCUUUUUUUAAAAAAAUAACUUCCCUGUGCACUCCAGGUGGUUUGUUUAGUAAAUGUACCAAGUGCAAACUUAAAGCCAUAGUGCAAUAAUCCAUGGCCUUAUUGAAGGGUGAAGCAGACUCAACAGACAGAAUGGAAUACUCCUGCACCUUUGUGUGUGAAAGAUCUUCGAGGUUGCUGAAGUGACAGAUAAACGAUAACCUCUAAAUAAUUAGUACAUUUGUCACGGUAGGCAUUAGAAAUCAUUGGUUAGGAACAUGUCUAAUACUAGCAGUAAAAUGUGAGUGUGUUGAGUGAGGAUCAGAAUCCCAUUUGAUUCUGACGUCACCAUGGGCAUUCUGCUAGUAAUAAAGUCAUAUGCCCAUAUUUGGAGAAAGUGCCAGAGUUGACAGCACUUGUGGAACUCAACCAAGUGCCUUUUAGAGGAAGUGGGAAUAUUAAAUUUGGUCAUGAAAUGUGGUACAGUGCUAGUUGAUGAACUGAAUGUUUUGUUUUAAACUUGGCCUUUUAUGCCAUUUAAAGAAAAAUCAAUUUGGUUCAUUUCACCAGUACUUUUGAAAGAGUUAUAUAAUUAGACCUACUCCCUUCCUGUUUCUACUCAUCCGUACAAUAUUUUCCCUUUCAAGUCCUUAUUCCAGUUUCUUUUAAAAAGUACUAUUUAAUCUGCUUCUAGUCUUUAAGUGGUGCACCGUAGCUUGCUCUUUUAAAAUGUAAACUUCACAUGGUGCUGAUGAAUGAAGAAGAUUUAACCACCCGAGUUGAUGUUUUCCAUUUUGGGGGAAAAGUCAUUAAAGAUGUUCACAGUUUUAAGCAAAUACUGAGGAUGAGAAGGGAUGGAGAAAAAAUAAAAGGCAUAGGCCUGUGAUGGAAGGAGGCAAGAGAGAUUAAAUAACCAAAUAGAAGGGAAAAUGGAGAUGAUAGUUAUAUAGAGAAACAAAAGAGGAAGUAUAAAUGGUCAUGAUAAAAUCACUACCUGCAUCAGAUGUCCAAAAAAAGGCUGUGACUAUGAUCCAAAAUUGUUGAACUGAAAGUUUUCUUUUACUUUGCGCCAUCAUUCCUGUUAUCAUUUAAUCUCUGUUCCCUUCCAUCCAAUCACAGGGCUUCCCUUUUGUUUUAUCUACCUCCCAUUGCCUCUCUUGCUGUAGUUGCUUAAAACCUGUUCCUGUUUCUACAGAUUUUCUUUUCACAGAUACUGUCAGACUGACGCAAUAUUUCCAGCCUUUUGAUCUUAUUCUUUGCUUUUGUAUUCUUUACUGCUAAUUGUAAUGACAGUGAUUUUGCAUGUCUUUUCAAAUGGUCUCAACUUCUCCGGCCACCUUUAAAAAUGUGCAUACCUGUACCCGCCUCAGGUCCUUUCACUCCUGUGCCUGCUGUGCAGUUUAGUUAUUGCCUCCACAUUUUUCCUACCAUUACAUACUUAAUUCCACUAAAUUUAAUCUGCCGUGUGUCUGCCCAUUUCACCAGUCUGUCAACAUCCUCUUGAAGUCCUACUAACCUCUUUGUUGCCUGCAUUUCUGAGUUUCAUGUCCUCUGUAAACUUUGAAUUUCUUACUUGCUUACCCAAGUUCAAGUUACCACUAGUCCCAACAUCGACUCCACUCCAUAUUGCUUUCUGGUCCAGAAAAAAAAAAUCCGUUUAUGUCUGCUUUCUUGUACCUACUGCCUCGUUUAAGGAUAGUUUUUAAAAACUUACAUAUGUUUUAUUAGUGGAACCAGAAACCUCAAAAUUGUAGUGUUUAGAAACUUCGUAGAACUCUACAUUAUUCAACAAACAAACUUAUCACAAAUUGAAGGUGCAAGCUUUGUGGUGCAAAUAUUUAUUUCUUUAGUUUAAACAAGUGACCUUUCAAAGCUACUUUAAUAUUUUGUGAAGUAAGUGUCUUGCUGUUUACGGUGAAUUCCAGCCAUUCUCCUACUCUGGAAAAGAACUCAUCAGAAAUCAUAAAUACAGCAGUUGAAACACCCUACUUUGGUUAAAUCAGGUGUUCUUACAAGUUUAAGUGCCUGUUAUCUGUUUUACAUCUGUAUAAGACUAUUAAAAUUAAGUUAUGGUGUUACAGCACAGAAACAGGGUCAGUAUUUCUAUUUCGAUGCUCCUGACCCCCACCAUUGCCCUGUACUCUCAGUAGACAAUGACAUGUAGAACUGAACAUUAAUAGGAAUAGUUUGCUGCUUGUUAAUUAGAUUCAAAUAUGUUGGUUAGGAAGGCGACUAGGAAAUGUAAUAUUGCAUUGAGAAAUUAUUCUGGUGUUACCUAAAAGGUUGGAGUCCGGUUUCCAACUACAUUGGUCUUCAGAAUGAAUUAAGAUGUUUUGUCAGAAAGGAAGGAAAUUUUUUUUUUGUGGAAAGAAGAUUGUAAUCUGAGUUACGUUCAUUUAAAAAAAAGGCUGAAAGCCUCUAUAAAUUGUAAGGAUAUGAUUACCCACCGUUGUUCUCUGAAUCGGAACCUUAUGACUAGUGGCAGAGAGGAUAUAUAGACGUGGGUUAUAUUCUUACUGAAGAGGACAUAGAGUGUGGCCUUUUCCACUUUCUAGCAAAAUUAAAAUCCAAAGCAAAGUAUUUUGUGAGCUGGGUGCCUGUCAGUUGGAUAUAGAAGAAAGGUUAGAAUUUCUGUUAAAUUUUGUGGAUGAAAUCUACAAGAAAGCUAAUGUGUUAGUUGACUAUAAGACAUGGUAAGACUUGCAGUAGUUUUCAAGAAUCAUACUAUCAUUCAAAAUAUUUCGUGGAAUUUAACAGGUAAUAAAACAGAACGCAGAAAUUCAAUUUGGAAAUACCUUAUUUGGUGUUUGCAUUUAAACUGUUGGAUUGUGCUGAAGUCUCACACAGAUUCCUGGCCUUAACUGUUGCUUUUUUUAAAAAAACCCAGUGGAUGCAAUCAUUUCUAGCAGCUUUGAUGAUGCAAGUGGGACUUUCUGCAAUGUCCACAAAGGAUGAUUGUGACAUAUCGUGAUCAGUCAGAUAUGAAGCAUAGGUGCUUGUACACCACAAGUGGUAGAAAUAGAAGGACUGGAUCCGGAUGCCUACUGAUCUGGCAGACAAUAGAAUUGGAGUAGCAAUAUCAGAUACAUGAAUGCCUGGGUAAUAGUUAAUGGGUACUGAAGAUGUGACUUGGAAUGGAUCACUGAAAACAGAUUAACAGGGUUUUUGAAGUAACACAUAAUACACCAAAUUUGGAAGUUAAGAUGAUGAUGGUCAAUUUGAGAGAAAUGUUCUAGUCAUAGGAAGUUUUAGCCCAGUUUUAAUGUAUUCAUUAGAUGGUGGUUUCCCCUUUGUGGAUGGAACAUAUUGAUUAAAAAUGUUUAGGAUUGAAGUAAAAAGAGGCAUUAUGAAAGUUCUAUUUAUUUCAAUUUAGGAGAUGACAAAAAGUUAAAGUUGCUGAAAAGAAUUCUUACACCAGAAAAAGUAGCUGAAAUUAGCUACCUUGUAAGUAUGGAUGUAUUGUACAGUAAGCUACCUGACUACUGAGCAAAGCUUCCCUGAAAAAGAAUUCCUAAGUGAAAUCAAACAUGGAACAUGAUAAAGCAAUUUUUUUGGAGAGCCAGUAGGUUACUACAUCCCCCAAACACUGUCUAAUAUUUCUACUCAGAAAUUUAGAUAAGUGCUUAUAGUAUCUGGUGAUUAAUAAGUUGAGAGAAAAAAAAAAUUGCCCGAAAGGU